AUGUUGUCCAAACAGUUUGCUCGUGGCUUCGCCUCCACCACCCCAACCAAAAACUACGCUCUGACCAUCAAAAACUUGAAGGUUACCGCAGACACCAAGGUUAUCUACCAGGGCUUCACCGGUAGACAGGCUACUUUCCACGCUGAGCAGGCCAUUGCUUACGGUACCAAGGUUGUUGGUGGUACCAACCCAAAGAAGGCCGGUACCGAGCACUUGGGUAAGCCAGUUUUCGCUUCUGUUAAGGAUGCUAUCAAGGAGACCGGUGCCAACGCUACUGGUAUUUUCGUUCCACCAUCCAUUGCUGCCAGCGCCAUUGAGGAAGCCAUUGAGGCUGAAAUUGACUUGGCUGUUGCCAUUACCGAGGGUAUUCCUCAGCACGACAUGGUCAGAAUCGCUCAGAUCUUGAAGACCCAGUCCAAGACCAGAUUGGUCGGUCCUAACUGUCCUGGUUUGAUUGCUCCUGACCAGUGUAAGAUCGGUAUCAUGCCUUCCCACAUCCACAAGAAGGGUAAGGUUGGUAUCAUCUCUAGAUCUGGUACUUUGACUUACGAGGCUGUUGCUCAGACCACCCAGGUUGGUUUGGGUCAGUCUUUGGUCAUUGGUAUGGGUGGUGACCCAUUCCCAGGUACUAACUUCAUUGACGCCUUGACCUUGUACUUGAACGACCCAGAGACCGAGGGUAUCAUCUUGAUUGGUGAGAUCGGUGGUACUGCUGAGGAGGAGGCUUCCGAGUUCUUGAAGCAGCACAACUUGUCCAGACCAGAGGGUCCUAAGCCUGUUGUCUCCUUCAUUGCCGGUGUCUCUGCUCCACCAGGUAGAAGAAUGGGUCACGCUGGUGCCAUUGUUGCCGGUGGUAAGGGUGACGCCAACUCUAAGAUCUCUGCCUUGGAGUCCGCUGGUGUUGUUGUCGAGAAGUCCCCAGCUAGAUUGGGUAACUCCUUGUUGCAAGAAUUCAAGAACAAGGGCUUGUUGUAA